ACUCAAGAAGCUGAUCUUAACAACAUAUAUAAGUUUUCUAAAUUCUAUAUUUAUUGAAAAUAUUAUUAUAAAUUUUUGAUUAUUCUUGAAAAAUAAAAAGUACAGAAAUAUAAAAUUAAUGGAAAAUUGGAUGGAAGUAAAACAUAUGACAAUCAAAAGAUAUGUGUUAACGAAAACAUACUUACGAAAACACACAUAAUUUCAUCUUAUCAUCAUAAUUCUACCGUAAAAAGUUUAUUUAUUUUUAUGAAAAUGUACAACAAAUUCACAACGAAACAAAGAAUUACGUGCUUGAAGAUAUGAUAUGCCAAACACAGUCGUACGUGGCUACGUGGUGUCCUGUGUGUGACAAACGAGUAAGCAACAAAGGAAAAGAUACGAACGGUCUUCUUGCACAUAUUCGUAAAUUUCAUCCAAAACGUUCUAACCAAUAUUUGCUUCAGAAAGAAGAGGGGCCAAAAAUAACGACCAAAAAAACAGCGUCAAAGAUUACAGAACUGCAAUCGUUUGGUAACACAGACAGCAAUUCUAAGAAAAGUGAAACAAAAAAAGUUUAUGCCACUCGUGUGGACACAUGGAAAUCCCAUAAUGAAAAAAAAAUUUGCCCUCGAUGUCAUAAGGAAGCAAUACCGACUCUUCAUACUCGAGGAGACAAGUUGACGACUUCUCAUAUUGGUGCUCUGUGUCUUUUAGGAUGUUGGCCGCUUUGUUUUGUACCAUUGAUAAUGAAACGUGCGAAGAAAGUUCGUAUGUUCUGCCCUCUGUGUGGAUAUAUGUACGGCAAUUUUCAAUAUAAAAACACCGGAUUAGCACCAUGCAAAACAGAUUCCGAGGAAUCGCAGACCCGACUUUCAUCUCCACCGAGAAGCUUUCGUUUAUGUGCAGAAAAAGAAGAACAAAAAAAUUGAUAAGAAUAUAUUUUGAUCGAAAAUUCGACUUCAAAAAAAUGAUAUAU